AGCCUACCUCUCUCUCUCUCCAUCUUCAUAAUUCUCUUUGUUGGGCUUAUCGGAUCCGGAAAAAGAGAAAGGCCCGAGCUCGCAAUGGGUGGCCAUGGAGGUCUAAACAUCCUCCCUCAAAAGCGAUGGAACGUCUACAACUUCGACAACCGCGAAAAAGUUCGCAAAGACGAAGAAGCGGCCGCGGGCGAGGAGCAGAUCAAGCGCGAGGAAUCUCGCCGGCGGGAAUUCGAAUUCCGCCUCCAAACCCUCCGCAGAGCCCGCAACCCUCAAAACCCUAAUAAUCCCGAUCCUGAGCCCUCUUCAUCCGACCACAUCACUAACCCUAAUCCCUCAUCAUCCGACCACAUCAACCUCUUCGAGAACCUCUCCGACUUCUCCUCCCUCGGAUCUGGCGGCAAAAACGAGGAGAAAGGUAAGUUUGGAAGCUCUGAUGGCGGCGGCGAUGAGAAGAGGAGGAAGAGGAAUGAGAAGCCGGCAAAGGCGGCGGCGGCUGUGGUGAUAACGGCGGAGGAUGAGAAGUAUAGGUUAGGGUAUGGAUUGACGGGUAAAGGGGUGAAGAAGCCUUGGUAUUUGACAACGAGGGAUGAGGGCUUCGAUGGUGGUAGUGGUGGUGGUGAUGAAAGGGAGAGAGUCUCGAAAAGGGAGAAGAAGAGCAGUGGGGGGAAGAAGAGCAUCGAGGAGCUGAGAGAGGAGAGGAUGAGGAGGGAGAAGAAGGAGAAGGAAAGGGAGCGGGCACUGCUUCGCAAUUCGAAUGAGGGAGAAAAAGGUUUUUCAAGGCGAAGGAUGUGAAUUGAUAGCUUAUUGAAGAGGACGGAGGACGCUUGGCCAGAACAAGAUUUUCUUGCGGUUGGAGGUUGUAUUAGCCUAAUGAGAAUUAAGAUCAAUCCUGCAUCAGGAUACUAACCUGCUGCAACUCGUUCGUGAGCUUCUAGAGCCGAGAGAAUGGGAGAUUAGAUCAGAAUUUUACAACAGUUUGUUCUCAUGUAUUCUGAAGUGAAACUACUUAGAAUUUGAAUCUUAUACAAAUGGCUGUACUGCUGUAUUUCUGUAAUUUGUGUGGUUUUUGUUCUGGUUUUUUUGUUCUGUUCUUUUAUUAUAUUUUGUAAAGGGAUACGUCUGUAGCAUUUAUGUACGAGUGGAAGCAGACGAUAUUGCUGGAUGUUAUCAUCACUUGUCUCUAUGCGGACGUUAAACUUUUGUUUUUUCUGAA